UACAUCAGAUGAUGUGGAGGCGGCAUCUCAGCCGCAUGCCGUCUAACCAGUAUUAACAUUUGUGACUAGAUAUACCGUGAUUCCUAAAUAUGACUAGUGUUACGUCCUUGGGAAUAUUCCUCUUGCUUUUUAUAUCACGGUAUCACAAUGCUGAAGCAGCGCAUAGCACACGUUAUCCUAUAGGCGGUUUGUUCAAUUCAAAAACCUUCCCAAGUUCGGAGCAGGCCUUUGAAAAUAUUGUGAAUUUGGGCGCAACUAAGGCAUAUUACGGAAGAGUUAUCCACUCUCAGGUUGAUGACAGUUAUUCUACUGCAUUAGAAAUAUGUGAACAUACUUCAGACAAUAAAGGUAUAGUUGCGUUAAUCGAUGCAAGACCAAUGGGAGAUAUUUGUGACUACACUUGUAUGAUAUGCAACAGUCUUAAUAUUACUUACCUAACACUAGGAUGGGAACCACCGCUUACGUUGGGCACGGAUUUGUUCUCGUUUUCGUAUCACCCCCCACCAGAUAUGAUAUCCAAAGCCAUUGCGACGCUAAUCAAAAAACUCCAGUGGGAUAAAUUCACAAUUUUUUAUGAGGAUGACACAAGCUUUGUACGUCUCCAAGAAGUAAUAAAUACCUGGCCAUACACCAGUGAUCAAAUACUGUACAGUAAACUGAACCCUGAUGAAGACAAUCUUGAAACGUUCAAACACGUGUUCAAGGUUGCUCACAUGAGUUACCACGUUCUGGACUGUGAUGCGAAAAAUAUACUAAAAUAUAUGCGUGAAAUAGUGCAAGUGGAUAACUCUACUCAGUACCAGCAGAGCUUCAUACUAACGGCUCUCGACGCAUAUACUGUAAGACUUGACGAUAUCGACGAGCUGCUAGCAAACGUGUCGACGAUGCAUCUAACCACGGCUAAUGACGUCAAUUGGAAGGAUAUGGAUAUGAGUGGUAUUGUCAUACGGCUGGAGACAGCUUUAGCAGCAGAUGCUCUGAAUCACCUCGAAAAAGCUCUGAGAAGUAUGGGCGUGGCGGAGGAUAUAGAUAACCCGCCAGCAUUGUGUUUUAAAGAUGCAAAAAUUGACUAUUUGAAUACGGCGUGGCCGAAAGGAGAUGACCUGCGAAAGGCUCUGAUUAAGACAACAACCAAAGGUUUCACUGGGAAUAUUCAGUUCAAUGAAUUUGGACAAAGAAUCAACUUCAGACUACAUUAUUCCAAGUUAAAUAAUGUGAGUGAGUUCAUACACGUCGGCUAUUGGGAUUCAAAGACAGACAUGAUAACGGAUGAGAGAGAAGUUAAGGAGCGAUCUUCUACUUCAAAGUCGGUUAUAAGGGUAGCGUCUAAGGUGGGGAAACCUUACUUUGAUGUGGUCCAAGUGAAUGGAACUACAACAUUUCGGGGAUAUGCCGUGGACCUUAUGCAGCAUAUAUAUGAUCAUAUGGUGAAAAACAAUCUUAUUAAUAAAGAUUUAAGAUAUGAAUUCUAUAGAGUUAAUGGAGAUCUAUAUGGGAACCCUAUAGCUGGAACUAAAAAGUGGGAUGGGCUUAUUGGAGACCUGAUAGAGCAUAACGCUGAGCUGGCUAUCUGUGACAUCACAAUAUCAUCAGACCGGAAUGCUGUAGUGGAUUUCUCACAUCCAUUUAUGAGUUUAGGGAUCAGUUUGGUAAUCAAAGAACCCGUUCCGGUUGAACCCGAUAAGUUCUCGUUCAUGAACCCUCUGUCUUUGGAUGUGUGGUUGUAUCUAGCAACGGCAUAUAUUAUAGUUUCUUUCGUGUUGCUUAUUUGUGCUCGCAUGAGCCCGGAUGAUUGGGUCAAUCCUCACCCCUGUAAUCAGAACCCUGAAAACCUACAGAAUAUCUGGAGCUUGUACAAUUGUAUGUGGCUCACCAUGGGUUCAAUUAUGACCCAAGGCUGUGACAUAUUGCCAAGAGCGGCAGCGUCUAGAUGGGUGACGGGCAUGUGGUGGUUCUUCGCGCUCAUCGUGACAGCGUCUUACACGGCCAACAUGUCCACGUUCGUCAGUGCCAGCAGACGGAGCAACGAGAUCAAAGAGGCGAAAGACCUGCUGGAACAGAAUAGUAUCGCCUAUGGAACAGUGGAUAACGCUUCUACUUAUCAGUUUUUUGAAAAAACCAACGACACAGUGUAUAAGAAACUGUGGGCUGUAAUGAAAUCUGCGAAGCCCACAGUGUUCACUACCAGCAACGAAGAAGGCGUCAAUCGCGUGCAACAAAGUAAAGGGAAAUAUGCAUUUUUUAUGGAGUCUUCCCAGCUUGAAUACGCAAUGCAAAGAGACUGUGACUUGAAAAUGGUUGGAUCGAAACUAGACUCAAAAGACUACGGUAUAGCUAUGCCAAAAAAUUCUCCGUAUAAGAACGCUAUUGAUGCGGCAAUUAUAGCACUACAAGCUUCAGGCACGUUGUUAAAAUUGAAAAAGACAUGGUGGGAAGAAAUGGAUAUUGAGAAGAAAUGUCAGAAAAACGAUGAUGACGAGGAGGACAACGGCUCCCUCCAAAUGAAGAAUACGAGUGGAAUAUUCAUAGUGCUUGCGGUUGGUGGAGGUCUGGGCCUUAUAGUGGCCGUCAUAGAUUUCCUCUUGUAUGCCAACAAGAUUUGUGUAACAGAAAAGGUGACGUUCAAAGAGGCGCUGCUGAGCGAGUGGCGCGCGUCGCUGGACCCGCGCGCGCUGCAGCGGCUGGCCGCGCCGCCGCGCUCGGCCGCGCCGUCCACUGCCAGCGCGUCGCCGUCGCGCGAGCGCGAGCAGUCGCGCGCCGUCUCCGUGCUACGAGCCGCCACCUCUUUUAUCAACUUUGAUGAAAUAUAUUAAAUUUUUUACCGAUAA